ACGACAAUGGCAGAUUCGGAUGGCAGCGUCCACGUGCUGCUCCUCUCUUACCCGGCGCAAGGCCACGUCAACCCGCUGCUCCAGUUCGGCAAGCGCCUCGCCGCCCACCGCCGCGUCCGGUGCACCCUCGCCGUCACGCGCUCCCUGCUCAACUCCUGCUGCCGCGCGCCGCCGUCCCCCGGCGGCGGCGGCGGCGUCCACGUCGCCACCUACUCCGACGGCUGCGACGCCCGCGGCUACGACGAGCUCGGCGACGAGGGCGCCUACCUGUCCCGCCUCGAGUCGGCCGGGUCGGCCACUCUGGACGAGCUCCUCCGCGGGGAGUCCGGCGAGGGCCGGCCCGUGCGCGCCGUGGUGUACGACGCGUUCCUGCCGUGGGCGGCGCCCGUGGCGCGGCGCCACGGCGCGUCGUGCGCGGCGUUCUUCACGCAGGCGUGCGCGGUGAACGUGGCGUACGCGCACGCGUGGGCGGGGAGGGUGGAGCUCCCCCUCCCCACGUCGGCGCCGGCGCCGCCGCUGCCCGGCGUGCCCCCGGAGCUCGAGCCGGCCGACUUCCCCACGUUCCUCACCGCGCCGGCGGCCGGCCGCUCCGCCUACCUUGACCUCCUGCUGCGGCAGUGCCAGGGCCUCGAGGUGGCCGACCAUGUCCUCGUCAAUUCCUUCCACGAGCUACAGCCAAAGGAAGCGGAGUACAUGGCGGCGACGUGGGGCGCCAAGACGGUCGGGCCGACCGUGCCGUCGGCGUACCUCGAUGGCCGUCUCCCGGGCGAUGCGUCGUACGGCUUCGACCUCCACACGCCGAUGGCAGCGGAGAGCAAGGCGUGGCUGGACGAGCGGGCGGCGAGCUCCGUGGUCUACGUCUCCUUCGGCAGCCUCGCCACGCCGAGCGCGGUGCAGAUGGCCGAGCUCGCGCACGGGCUCCGCGACAGCGGCAGGUUCUUCCUCUGGGUGGUGAGGUCAUCGGAGACCGGCAAGCUCCCGGACGGCUUCGCCGGCGAGACGGCGGCGAAGAACACGACAGGUCUCAUCGUGCCAUGGUGCCCGCAGCUGGAGGUGCUGGCGCACGGCGCCGUCGGGUGCUUCGUGACGCACUGCGGGUGGAACUCGACGGUGGAGGCGGUGAGCGCCGGCGUGCCGAUGGUGGCGGUGGCGCAGUGGUCGGACCAGCCGACGAACGCCAGGUACGUAGAGGAGGCGUGGCGCGUCGGCGUGCGGGCGCGGGCGGACGGCGAGGGGGUGGUGAGGAAGGAGGAGGUGGCGAGGUGCGUAGCGGGGGUGAUGGACGGGGAGACGGGCAUGGAGUUCAGGACGAACGCCGCGCGAUGGAGCGCCAUGGCGAGGGCCGCCAUGAGCCAAGGUGGCAGCUCCGACACCAACAUUUCCGAGUUCCUCACCAAACUCUGCUCAAAAUGAUGGUGUUUUAGAAAUUAUCAGGGUUUCAAGCCCCUUUGAAACAUAAGAAAUUUCACAGGAAUUAGUUCAAUUCCUGCAAAAAAAUUUCGUUCCAAACAAGGAA